CCCCACUUCUCGAUGCAAUCCUUGGCCAAAGUAGUUCUCGUUGUCGCCAACAUCGCGCUAAUCGGUGCUGGUGCCGUCUUGAUCUGGCUGGGGGUGCAGUCCCACAACGGGGGGUACGGGAGCGACAUCUUCUCCACGAAGACGGCCACCAAUGUGAGCACCAUGUCCACGCUCCUGAUGGUGCAAGGAGUAUGCGCGAUCUUGAUUGCAUUCGUCGGGUUUGGCGGUGCCGCGUGGCGCAACCGGUCCCUCCUCACGUUGUACUCGAUCUUCGUCGUGCUGGGGUUGCUGUUGUUUGUGGCGAUCGCAAUCGUUGGCUUCAUGUCGGCGUUCCAGGCCAACUCGUGGAUCUCCCAACCCUUCCCCGCCGAUCCCACAGAGAACGACCUCGCCACGGAGUUCAACCACGUGUACUGCUACGCCCAAGGGGGGCGCUUCUGCGUCUCCGCUUCCAUCAACGACGCCGUGCACACGUUCUUUCCGUCAGGGAUGGGGGGUGACGUCGCCCUGGCGGCAUGCAAGGCGGCCGGGGUCGAUGUCAACGCCAAAACAGGUCUUGUGGGUUUGUGCGACCAAGUAGAGGCUAAGCUGGCGUCGGUGCUGUCGAACGCGUUGCCCAAGACAUUCAAGGAAGCAUGCGCGACGUGCCGACAGGUCAAGGCCGCGUUUGGCGACCGAUCAUCCAAAUCCCUUUUCGAGUGGGCGGAUGCCACGUGCCCCUUGACCAACGACACGGCGAUUUGGUGCGCCAAGUUGUUCCUCUCAAAGUCCAAUCAAACCGUACAAACUGACAAGGACAACGCCACUCCGUACACACAGUGUCGCACACCAGUGUUGGAGCUGUGGCGGCAGUACGGUAUCAAAGGGGGCGUGGGGGGCGUCGCGCUGGCGUUGCUCUCGUUUAUCGUUAUUGCCGUGUUGUUCCAAGCAGAACUCCACAAUGGCAAUGGUGGCGGGUAUACUCGCGUGUAA